ACUCACUCGCUGCUGACUGAGGUAUUCCUACAUGCACACACUGGGGCAGCUCAUAAUUACAGCCUAAAGGGACUCUUCCUCUUGUUUGAGAGCAUAAAUUUACUCCACUUUGGAUUCCUCUGCCUGGAAACUGGCUCCGCGUCCCUCGGUGACAAACUCUGGAUUUGUUUUGGGGUCCGAGGUUGGAUCAUGGACAAGAGUGCAGCCGGGGGAAGAUAAGGGGGAAACCGGCUGACGAGCGGGCUCGCCUGAACGAUGCCCGCGCGGAUGUGAAGGAAUGGGGUGCACCACCAGCGCCGUUGUUUUUGACGGGCUGCGAACUGUCUUGGAGAGGAACUGCAGCGGCUACAUCUGCAAGGAAGCUGCCGAGCCCGCCGGGCCGUCUGAGGCUGAGAGGGCGCUGAGUCGGAGAGAGUCGCGCAUCAUACCAACACCUAGAAUACUUAAGGUAAAACCGAAGGUGAUUGAACCGCUGGAUUAUGAAAACGUUCUGGUGCAGAGAAAGACGCAGAUCCUCAGCGAUGUUCUCCGAGACAUGCUGCAGUUUCCCCUGGAGGAUUUUGAGAUCUCAACUUUGAGGCGCCAAGGGAGAACUCUGUACCCAACUGUGCCUGAAAAUGCUGAGAGGGAGGCUCAGAGUCUGUUUGUCCAAGAGUGCAUUAAGACUUACAAGUCUGAUUGGCAUGUCGUCAACUACAAGUACGAGGACUACUCGGGUGAUUUUCGACAGCUUCCAAACAAAGUGCCCCGGCCGGAUAAACUGGCAGUUCAUGUGUUUGAAGUGGAUGAAGAUGUUGAUAAAGAGGAGGACACGGCCUCCCUAGGAUCCCAGAAAGGGGGUAUUUCCAAACAUGGCUGGCUGUAUAAAGGGAACAUGAACAGUGCCAUCAGUGUGACCAUGAGGUCGUUCAAGAGGAGGUAUUUCCACCUUGCCCAGCUCGGGGAUGGCUCGUAUAACUUAAACUUCUACAAGGAUGAGAAGAUCUCCAAGGAGCCCAAAGGAACCAUUUUCCUGGAUUCCUGCAUGGGCGUGGUUCAGAACAACAAAGUUCGGAGGUUUGCUUUCGAGCUGAAGAUGCAGGAUAAGAGCACUUACUUGCUGGCUGCGGAAAGCGAAGCGGAGAUGGAGGACUGGAUCAACAUGCUCAACAAGAUCCUGCACAGCAGCUUCGAGAUUGCCAUGCAGGAGAAGAGGAAUGGAGACAUUCACGAUGAUGAUGAUCUUGGAAAGUCAGACAGCUCCUCUGGCAGCCUGGAUAGCUUUCAGAGCACCAGAGAUAUAGAGUCAAGAAUGAGGAAUGAGACCAGACUGAAGCUGUUCACAUUGGACCCAGACACACAGAAACUGGACUUCUCAGGGAUAGAGCCAGAUGUUAAACAGUUUGAGGAGAAGUUUGUCAAGCGCGUUCUGGUGAACUGCAACGACCUGUCGUUUAACCUGCAAAGCUGCGUAGCGGAGAACGAGGAGGGCCCAACGACAAAUGUGGAGCCCUUCUAUAUCACCCUGUCGCUGUUUGACAUCCAGAAAAGCAGAAAGAUCUCCUCUGACUUCCAAGUUGAUUUGAACCACCAGUCCGUCCGGGGCAUGGUUCCUGGUAACGCCAGUCAGCAUGUGAACGGAGGCAGUGACGUCCGAUCUGAGGGGCAGCGGUUUAUCCACGGGUUGCCAGAAGCCGCUUUGCUGUAUCCCAAACAGGGGGUGUUUUCAGUGACAUGCCCCCAUCCGGAUAUCUUCCUGGUGGCUCGCAUCGAAAAGGUGCUUCAGGGGGGGAUCAACCACUGUGCCGAGCCAUACAUGAAGAGUUCAGACUCCACCAAGAUGGCACAGAAGGUCCUGAAAAAUGCCAAGCUGGCGUGCAGUCGAUUGGGUCAGUACAGGAUGCCCUUUGCCUGGGCAGCAAGACCCUUGUUUAAAGAUGCAUCUGGGGCACUUGACAAAAGCGCCCGCUUCUCAGCUCUGUACAGACAGGACAGUAACAAGCUGUCCAAUGAGGACAUGCUCAAGCUGCUGGCAGAUUUCAGAAAACCAGAGAAAAUGGCCAAGCUGCCCGUAAUCCUUGGAAACCUCGACGUUACCAUCGACAGUGUUGCCCCCGACUUAACGAACUGCGUUACCUCAUCCUACAUUCCUGUGAAGCAGUUUGACGUCAGCGAGAGGAGCGGCGUCUUUUUCGAAGUGGAGGAGUUUGUGCCGUGCAUCGCCAAAUGUUCUCAGCCUUUCACCAUCUACAACAAUCACCUCUACGUCUACCCGAAGCACUUGAAAUAUGACGGCCAGAAGUCAUUUGCAAAGGCUAGAAACAUAGCUGUCUGCAUUGAGUUCAGGGACUCAGAUGAUGAAGAAGCUGUUUCACUUAAGUGCAUCUACGGGCGACCUGGAGGAUCCUUGUUUACCAAAAAUGCCUUUACCUCAGUAUUACAUCACCAGCACAACCCUGAGUUCUACGAUGAAUUUAAGAUCGAGUUGCCGACGCAGCUCCAUGAGAAACAUCACCUGCUGUUUACUUUCUACCACGUGAGCUGCGACAGCAACAGCAAGGCCAGCACCAAGAAGAAAGAUGUGGUUGAAGCGCAAGUGGGUUACGCCUGGCUCCCCUUGUUGAAGGAUGGCCGGGUGAUCAUGAAUGAAAAUCACAUCCCUGUGGCGGCUAACCUUCCUGCUGGGUACCUCAGCUGUCAGGAGGGGGCCAGCAAGCAUUUGAGUCCUGAGGUCAAAUGGGUUGAUGGAGGAAAGCCCUUAUUUAAAGUGUCCACACACCUAGUGUCCACUGUGUACACUCAGGAUCAGCAUUUGCACAAUUUCUUCCAUCACUGCCAGGACAUCGCGUCAGCAGCACAAGGAUCUGGAGAACUGGUCAAAUACCUGAAGAGUUUGCACGCCAUGGAGAGCCACGUCAUGAUCAAGUUCCUGCCAACGAUCCUCAAUCAGCUGUUCAGAGUCCUGACCAGUGCCACACAGGAGGACGUAGCAGUAAAUGUUACAAGAGUGAUGAUUCACAUUGUAGCGCAGUGCCACGAGGAAGGCUUGGAGCACUACCUUCGCUCUUACGUGAAGUUUGUAUUCAGGACGGAGCCAUACACGUCCUCCACAACCCGGACAGUUCACGAGGAGUUAGCGAAAGCCAUGACCGUCAUCCUGAAGCCUUCCACUGACUUCCUGACGAGUAACAAGCUGCUCAAGUAUUCGUGGUAUUUCUUUGAAGCCUUAGUCAAGUCCAUGGCUCAGUACCUGAUUGAAAGCUGCAAAGUGAGGCUGUCCAGGAAUCAGCGUUUCUCAGCACCUUUCCAUCACACCGUGGAGACCUUGGUCAACAUGAUGAUGCCGCACAUCACCCAGAAGUACAAAGACAACCUGGAUGCUGCUCGCAAUGCCAACCAUAGCCUAGCUGUCUUCAUAAAGCGCUGCUUCAACCUGAUGGACCGAGGCUUUGUGUUCAAGCAGAUCAACAACUACAUCAACUGCUUUGUGCCCGGAGACCCAAAGACGCUGUUUGAGUUCAAGUUCGAGUUCUUGCGCGUCGUGUGCAACCACGAACACUAUGUUCCCUUAAACCUGCCGAUGCCAUUCGGAAAAGGGAGGAUACUGAGGUUUCAAGAUCUGCAGAUGGAUUACUCUCUGACGGAGGACUUCUGCAGGAACCACUUCCUCGUCGGGCUGCUGCUCAGGGAGGUCAGUGCCGCUCUGCAGGAGUUCAGGGAGAUUCGGCAGAUAGCCAUCCAUGUCCUGAAGAGCCUCAUGAUCAAACACACGUUUGAUGACCGCUAUGCCUCCAAGAGCCAGCAGGCUAGAUUGGCCACCUUGUACUUCCCCUUGUUUGGUCUGCUUCAGGAGAACGUCAACAGGCUCAAUGUGAAGGAAGUCCUCCCUUUCCCCAUUAACCACUCCAACAAUAACGGACGAGAAGAUUCGCUCCUGACCAACGCCUUGAUGACGCCUCCUAGGUCCAGCACGUUUCUGGACACCAGUUUGCACAAAGAUGUUUUUGGAGCCAUCUCAGGCACAACGUCCCCUCAUGCAGCGUCCACCCCUAAUGUGAACUCUGUCCGCCAUGCCGACUCUCGCGGCUCCCUCAUCAGCACAGAUUCAGUAAACAGCCUGUCUGAGAGGAACCAUGACAAAGCCAAUUCUCUUGACAAGAACCAACCUGGCUCGACCCUGGGAAGCACCCUGAUGCGAUGUGAUAAACUGGACCAGGCAGAGAUUAAAAGCCUCCUAAUGUGUUUAUUACAUUUGCUUAAAAGCAUGUCUGAAGAUGCUCUGUUCACUUACUGGAACAAGUCUUCAUCUGCUGAACUGAUGGACUUCUUUACUUUGAUAGAAGUCUGCCUCCAUCAGUUCAGAUACAUGGGGAAAAGAUACAUUGCAAGGAACCAGGAUGGGGCAGGAACCGUAGCACAUGAGCGGAAGUCUCAGACUCUGCCCGUGUCCCGUAACAGGGCGGGAAUGAUGCAUGCCCGCUUACAGCAGCUCGGCAGCCUGGAUAACUCAUACACUUUUAACUACACCUACAGCCACUCCGAUGCGGAUGUGUUGAACCAGUCGCUUCUGGAGGCCAACAUCGCCACAGAAGUGUGUCUUACUGUCCUGGACACGCUCAGCAUCUUCAUCAUGGGUUUCAAGUCACAACUAUGCUCUGACCACGGUCACAGUCCGCUGAUGAAGAAGGUGUUCGACGUCCAUCUCUGCUUCCUGCGCAUCAAUCAGUCGGAAACAGCCCUGAAGCAGGUCUUCACGUCGCUGCGCACAUUUAUCUACAAGUUCCAGUGCACGUUUUUUGAAGGGCGUGCAGAUAUGUGUGCGGCCUUCUGCUACGAGAUCCUGAAAUGCUGCAACUCCAAGCUGAGCUCCAUCCGCAACGACGCGGCCCACCUGCUGUAUUUUCUCAUGAAGAGCAACUUUGAAUACACCGGUCGCAAGUCCUUUGUCAGGACACACCUGCAGGUGGUGAUUGCUGUCAGCCAGCUGAUUGCUGACGUGAUCGGUAUUGGAAGCACCCGCUUCCAGCAGUCUCUGUCGAUAAUCAACACGUGUGCCAACAGUGACAGGACUAUCAAGCACACAGCCUUCCCAUCGGAUGUGAAGGACCUGACCAAACGCAUCAGGACGGUGUUGAUGGCAACGGCUCAGAUGAAGGAGCACGAGCGGGACCCAGAGAUGCUGGUGGACCUGCAGUACAGCCUCGCCAAGUCGUACGCCAGCACGCCCGAGCUGCGAAAGACCUGGCUGGACAGCAUGGCGAGAAUCCACGUGAAGAACGGAGACCUGUCGGAGGCGGCCAUGUGUUACGUUCAUGUUUCAGCCCUCGUGGCAGAAUACCUCCGGAGAAAAGCAGGGAUGUUCAAGCAGGGCUGUUCCGCCUUCCGCGUUGUAACUCCAAACAUUGACGAAGAAGCAGCAAUGAUGGAGGAUGUCGGGAUGCAGGAUGUGCAUUUUAACGAGGAUGUUUUAAUGGAGCUUUUAGAGGAGUGCGCGGACGGGCUGUGGAAAGCCGAGCGCUACGAGCUCAUCUCGGACAUCUACAAACUCAUAAUCCCAAUUUAUGAGAAGCGCAGAGAUUUUGAGAAACUGGCCCACCUGUAUGACACUCUGCAUCGUGCAUACAGCAAAGUGACGGAGGUGAUGCACACAGGCAAGAGGCUGCUGGGGACCUACUUCAGAGUGGCUUUCUUUGGCCAGGCAGCGCAGUACCAGUUUACUGACUCAGAGGCUGAGGGCUUCUUUGAAGAUGAAGAUGGUAAGGAGUACAUCUACAAAGAACCCAAGUUCACGCCCCUGUCUGAGAUCUCCCAGAGGCUCCUGAAGCUGUACUCUGACAAGUUUGGGCAGGAGAACGUGAAGAUGAUUCAGGACUCUGGGCGGAUCAACCCCAAAGACCUGGACUCCAAGUAUGCCUAUAUCCAAGUGACCCAUGUGACUCCGUACCUGGACGAGAAAGAGCUGACCGACAGGAAGACCGAGUUUGAAAGGAGCCACAACAUCCGGCGCUUUGUAUUCGAGAUGCCUUUCACAAUCUCUGGCAAAAAGCAAGGCGGCGUGGAGGAACAGUGCAAACGCAGGACAAUACUGACCACGACACACUGUUUUCCCUACGUGAAGAAGCGGAUCGCGGUGAUGUACCAACACCAUACCGAUCUAAGCCCCAUCGAGGUGGCCAUCGACGAGAUGAGCAAGAAAGUGGCCGAGAUCAACCAGCUGUGCUCCUCCAGCGACGUGGACAUGAUCCGUCUGCAGCUCAAGCUGCAGGGCAGCAUCAGUGUCCAGGUAAAUGCAGGACCGCUCGCGUACGCCAGAGCUUUUCUGGACGACUCGAGCGCCAAGAGGUAUCCGGACAACAAGGUCAAGCAGCUGAAAGAGGUCUUCAGGCAUUUUGUGGAGGCCUGUGGCCACGGCUUGGGCAUUAACGAGCGGCUGAUCAAAGAGGACCAGCAGGAGUACCACGACGAGAUGAAAGCCAACUACAGAGACCUGACCAGAGAGCUGUCCAUCAUCAUGCACGAGCAGAUAUCUCCCGUGGAAGACGGCAUGAAGAGUGUCCUCCCAGACUCGCUCCACAUCUUCAACGCCAUCAGCGGCACACCGACCUCUGUCACCAUCCAGGGCAUCCCGCACUCGGCCUCGGUGAUAUGACCUUGUCCUUGGAUGCGAGACCCGUGUGCUCACCGUUGACGGCCCGUUGGGUCGGUCAGCAGACAGAGAAGAUGCUGGAACCACAGAUAACUCUUCCGCCUUGUUUUUUUGUGCUCUGGUCCGCUCAGUCAACCACAGACUCUGUGCCCAGGGUGGGCGUAAACGAGGCGAGGCCUAACAAGACAAGUUACUCUGUUACAGAGACUUUAAUCCUGCAUUAUAUAGAAAAAGAAAACAUACUUUUUGAUGAGAUGUAUUGCAUCUCACCUGUUCGUAUGUGAGGACUGAGCACUGUUUUCCAUGGAGACAUUCCGGUUGGGAUUUUUAAAACAUGCAUGUCACCACAUCGCCACCUCCUAACAGCCCAUUCUUUUUUUUUUCUUUUUUUUUUUUUACUACAUUUAGUGUUUUUAUGUACAGUAUUCCACUUUUAUAAGCCACUGUAUUGAUGUCUUGAUAAAUAUAUGCUGCAAACAUCGAUGCUCAUCUCUCUGGACAGACAUGAAGUUACAUUUUCAGAAAAGGCCUUUUUCUUUGCAAAACCUCUCUGAUUUUUUAGCAUUAAAUCUGUUUUGAAUUGGAGUUUUUAUAUAUAUAUAUAUAUAUAUAUAUAUAUACAUAUAUAUAUUUAAUGCAAUUGCAAACAAAAAGUAUAUUCCAAGUUGUUUAUUAAUGUACAUAGAAAGGACUGUGUGCAAUAUUUGCAAAGCAUCUUGCUGCGUGGCGAUCAAACACUGUAAAGAAUAUGUUCACUUUUUUUUUUUUUUUUGCCAAAGCGAUGAGGUGUUGAGGGAUGAGACACUAUGCCUACUGUGGAAGAAAUAUGAAGCUUAUAAUGUUGUAUGUUUUUUUUUCUUUUUUAUUGUUUGAGAAAAAAAAGUAUUUUAUUUCAGCAGCAUUUUUUAAAACAUAUUUAACACAAGUCACUGUUCUGCUGUAAACAGAGAUAUUCCCUAAUGCUUAUCUUUUAAAUAAAAGCACUCUUUGCAUAUGCACUCACAAGUCUUUAUAUAUAAGAAAAAAUGUUAGGCAGCA